UCUGUUGUUUUGUUUUUUCCUUAUUUCCAAGUGAAAGUCAAUUUUUAUUAAUUAAUCUUUGAUUCUGCAAUUGGAUUUAUUUGUUUUAAUCUAAUUAUGACACGUUAUUAACUGUGUUUUCCCUCUGUCACGCGAUCUUACUCAUAAUCUACUCCUGAAUUGGUUUAUCUUAAUAUCAAAAAGGUUAAUCUAUUCAUCAUUGAUUCAUUAAACUCUUCUUUUACCUCUCCUUUGGGAGAGACUGGUAACUCGAUAAAAAACUUAACUCUUUUGAGUUCUGGUGGGUCAACUGGAAACUGGAGUGACAUUGCAUCUUCAACCUAUCAAAAUAUUACCAAUUCAACGGUAAAUAAAACAACUGGUUAUUUGUCUGGUGUUAAUCUCAACCAUGGUAAUACCAACUCAAGCUUAAUGGUUACGCAACUUGGUAAUGCCACUGGUCAGCAAAAGCUAAUGUCUUCAGUUGCAACAACAACACUUAAAUCAAACCUUUCAGCCCUAAAUUCAUCUCUGGUUAACCAAUUGUCUAAUCUCACACUAACUACAGAACCUUCCGUAUCUUCUCAUCAAUCAAUAUCCACCACUCAAAAGGUUGCAAAUAUAAUUGUUUCAUCAUCCCCUUCUUCAGUGAUUGACAGUAAUUCAACUCAAAUUGUUAAAAACUUGACAGAUUUACUUGGCCCCAAGGUUAAUAUUACCAAUAGCCCUGUAGUCACAAAUCUCACGACCCUUCAGGUCGAUAAAAAUAUCACUAAUUACGCCAAUUUAACCUCAAGCUUGACCAUGGAGCAACCAGACCUUUCAACCUCCACCAGUGAUCUAUCAAUAAUGUUUAUUGGAUUAUUUUCCAUUAUGGUUUGUGCGGCAAUAAUUUUCUUAAUAGUAAUUCUGGUUCGUAAAAAUAGACUGGACAAACUGCGACAUCACCUGAUGCCAGUAUACAAUUUUGAUCCCUCUGAGGAUGGAGAAGAUUGGGAAACCGAAUUACUUGAGGAACCUUUUGGCUCACAAAACUAUGGAAACGAGAGCACCAAGAUGACCUCCAUUAAACUGGACUCAGGUCUAACCGGUGGACUUAACAUUAAAGGAACUACUUAUACCAAUGGAGGUACAAGUGGAAAUGGCGGCGGAGGUAAAGGUCGUCUAACCGCAGCAUCAGGCCUUCUCUCAGAUAACAAUAAUGGUAACCAUUCAUCUCGUUAUCUUUACACCAAUGAAAAGCCUGUUGUCUAAAAAGAAAACAACAGGAAAGGGAAAUAAAGAUCAACUUUCCGGGUCAGAAAAAAAUGGCCACUCAUUCAUUGGAAAAAUCAUCACAAUCAUCUGGCUUCUAAACUUCUAAACUUCUUCAUUCAAAUUGAUAAUAUUGGUGAUAGGACAGAAAGAAAAUUAAAUCUCAACACUAAUUAGACGAUCGAAUCUCAACACUAAAGAAACAAAACAAAAUUAAACCAAAACAUGGAAGAGAUUUAACCAAUUUACUGGUACAAAAAACUACAGAAUCUCAUUUAUAUUAUCGAUCAUUUCUACAAGCUAUUUAUGGGCGAGAAACUCUGUUAUUGUACGGAUUCAUUUGCAAUCCAUUUUCGAGGCGUAUAUUAUUGAUACAUCUCUUCCUGUGUAGUUAAAUUACUCAUCUAUCAUCGUCAUCAUCAUCAAACAUCAUGAAAACAACAAAAAAAAUAUAACAAUCUAAAAACAAAAACAAAACAAAACUAACAAAAAAAAAAUCUCUAACCUCAAAGGAAUACAUCACAAAACAAAACACUCAUCCCAAAAAUUACAUAUUCAAUUACAGUGGAUUAAAUGUUUGCUUCGUUUGCUUAAAAUUAAUCUUAUAUAAAUUUUCACACACUCCACACAUUCAAACAAUUAAUUAAUUUCAUCACCCUGACCUUUUUUUUCGUUUCAAGUUUUACCUUGUAUGUUAUUACGAUAUUUAAUUAAACACGUCAACGAAUCAAA